UUCUGGUCUAAUAGGUCAAAAAGUUCAUUUCUGGGGGUAAUUGGCCAUGGGCUACGAGUUUUGAGGGCAAAUUGCCAUUUAAGCCUGAAUCAAGAGCACUUAAUCGGAAAAUACCGCUUAGCUUACGGCUUAAAGUCUCUCAUAAAGGAAGCUCCGGCUAUAUAUAAUCUUGGUUUGGAGCGAAUUGAAGAUCCAAAAGAACAGCCAUGCGAUCAGCUCAAUGCCCAGUUCAAAACCCAGAUUCUCAGCUAAAGAGAGUUAUUAUAGAGAACAAGCAUGGUGAGAAGCUUGUGGGUAUAUUGCAUGAAACUGGUUCUAAGCAGCUUGUUAUUGUCUGCCAUGGAUUUCAAUCUUCAAAGGAAAGGAUACCAAUGGUGAAAAUUGCUGGUGUUCUACAGAAUGAAGGAAUUAGUGCCUUUCGAUUUGACUUUGCUGGAAAUGGAGAUAGUGAAGGUUCAUUUCAAUAUGGAAACUACCGCAGAGAAUGUGACGAUUUGCGCUCUGUAGUCCAACAUUUCCGCGAGCAGAAGCUAGUGAUAAGUGCAAUUAUUGGGCACAGUAAAGGAGGAAAUGUGGUGCUUUUGUAUGCUUCAAAGUAUAAUGAUGUGUAUAUGGUAGUCAAUAUUUCUGGCCGGUUUAAUCUGAAGAGGGGCAUGGAGGGACGCUUGGGUAAAGACUUCUUACAAAGAAUCAAAAGAAAUGGAUUUAUUGAUGUUAAGAAUAGAAAAGGAAAAUUUGAGUAUCGUGUGACUGAAGAAAGUUUGAUGGAUCGUCUAACCACUGAUCCUCAUGCAGCCUGCUUAUUAAUUCAUCCAGAGUGCAGGGUGUUGACUGUUCAUGGAUCCAUGGAUAAAAUGGUACCUGCCGAAGAUGCUCAUGAAUUUGCCAAGUUCAUUCGUAACCAUAGAUUAGAAAUAAUAGAAGGGGCUGAUCAUGAAUUUACUUCACAUCAAGACAAGUUAGCUUCAAUUGUACUAGAUUACUUGAGGGAAGAUGUUGAUCUGGGCAAGAUCAUGCAUAAUUUACCCUCAAUAGACUAUUCUCGUCGUUCAAAAUUAUGAUAUUUUCAUAGAGAUUGACAAAAUAAAAAUCUCCACGGAGGAAUGGAAUUUUAUGAA